GAUUAUACAACAUCAAAAACAAUUGAACAAUAUCAGAAAGGAAAUCAAUUUCGUUUGCCUGAUUUACCACAAGUAAACAAUCUUGAAGUAACUAAUUUUCCUACAUAUUCAAUAGUACAAUCUUUUCAAGUUAUGAGGGAUAACAAACAAAUGUUACCACUCGAUUUUUAUGAACGAUUAAUAAUAAAACUGCAUUCUCAAUUAAUUGAACGUCUUGAUUACAAAGAUUUAAUAAUUGCUCGCACAGAAUAUAACGAUUAUAUUAAAGUAGAACGACUACAAUCGAAUAAACUAUUGUCAUCACACGACUAUACAAAACAUUACCAAAUUCAUUCAAUAUGA